ACUUUAAAGUCAGGGGAUCUGAUCCCACUUCAGUCCCUCACGGCUCUAUCACGCUCACGCCUCCUUCUUUACCACUCUCAACUUCAGUAAAAAAAAAACAACCUUAAUAUUAUAAGGUUUUUUUUUUUCUUCUUCAUUUCAAAGGUUUAAGCUUUCUUCUUUGAUCCCUCCGCCACUCUCACUCAUCCCACAAUCCAGAUCCAGAUCAAAUGACAUCGAUGGCGGCUUUAUUGCGUUUUACGCCUCUCUCUGGUCAAAGCCAUGCACUUUCAAUUCCAUCACCAUUGUCAUCAUCACCUCCACAGAUUCAUAACCGUUCUAUAUAUCUCACCAACCCAACAACCCAUUUGCCUCAAAGAUUGAAACUUUCUUUCGCCGCCGGUGGUGAUGGAAUUGUUGGUGGUGGUAGUGGGAGUGGAGGUGGUGGUGGUGGUGGUAGUAGUGGAGGUGGUGGAAGUGAAAAUUGGGGUGGUGCUGAUAGUAACGAUGAUGGAAAGUCUAAAGAUUCGUCUUUUGGGAUUUUGGGUUUGUUUCUGAAUGGAUGGAGAUCAAGGGUUGCUGCUGAUCCACAAUUUCCUUUUAAGGUUUUGAUGGAAGAGUUGGUUGGUGUUACUGCUUGUGUUUUAGGUGAUAUGGCUUCAAGGCCUAAUUUUGGGUUGAAUGAACUUGAUUUUGUUUUUUCAACUCUUGUUGUUGGUGCUAUUCUUAAUUUCACACUCAUGUAUCUAUUGGCACCAACAUUAGGAGCUUCUUCAUCUAGUGUGCCUGCAAUCUUUGCAUCUUGUCCUAAGAGUCACAUGUUUGAACCUGGUGCUUUUAGUUUAUUGGAUAGGUUAGGUACUUUGGUGUAUAAAGGAACCAUUUUUGCUGCUGUUGGAUUUGGUGCGGGUCUUGUUGGAACCGCGCUUUCAAAUGGUUUGAUUAAGAUGAGGAAGAAAAUGGAUCCAAACUUUGAGACACCAAAUAAGGCACCACCUACUUUACUCAAUUCUCUCACUUGGGCUGCUCAUAUGGGUUUCAGCAGUAAUCUUAGGUACCAAACACUAAAUGGUGCCGAGUUCAUGUUAGAGAAAGGGCUUAAUCCUUUGGCAUUUAAGACCUCAGUGUUGGUGCUUAGAGUUGUGAACAAUGUUCUUGGGGGAAUGUCUUUUGUUGUUUUGGCAAGGUUGACUGGUUCACAGAGUACUGGUGAGAAGCCAUCACAAUUGGAGGAUGGAUUAGGUGAAAAGGUUGAAAGUGAAAGGGAAGAGGCUUUGGAGAAUAACAACCAAAUAACACCAACUAAGUGAAUAGCAUCACUUAGUUUGUUUUUAUUAUCUAUUGCUUGGACUAAGAGUGUUUGAUAGGUGAAUGUUUUUUUAGUUUUCUGAAUUUUCUGCAGCAACAAAUAAGAAUGAAAGGUAGAUUGAGAUGGAAGAUUUUGGCACUAUUUUGUGGCAUGUGAUGGUAUUUUGCUGAAACUUCCAACUUGAUUCAAUAAGGUGACAAAUUAGUUUGGCCAUGUAUUGGACCCCCCUACACAAAUGAAAAUGUCUGGCUACUAUGUUGCUGUAUUUUUGUUUCUGUUCUAUCAGUAGGCUUUUGUUGUCUUUUUCUAGACUAUUAUUAUCAUUGUAAAAGUAUCACAAAAUCUAGUUUGGAGUAUUGGCUAAAUAAAACCAUGUGUAUGAUAUUGAGAUUA